UCUCCAGCGGCUACUCCAGCGGUGAGUCGGCUGGCUUGCACCGGAGAUGGCUACGUUUUUUGGGGAGGUGGUCACACCCCCGUCCCGCGCCGGCCUGGAUGACGAAGAAGAGCUUGCAGAAGAGCGCGAAGAGACUCAGGAGGAUCGUGAGAUCCGGCUGGCGCUGGAGAAGAAAAGAGAUGUUUGUAUCACCUGGAAUACCCCAGACAUAUCGGCAGGAGAAAAGUUUCCUUGUUCAAAGUUUAUCUUGGGUGUUGGAGGCAAUGCAGUAGCAUUCUUGUCUUCAUUUAUUUUGAAUUCUGGAAGCUGGGAGCUGGUUGGCUCUGCCCAGUUAUGGAAUGAGUGGUGCAGAACAUCAAAAGUAACCAAUCUUCUUCCAAAAGAUUCAUAUUGUUGUUUUUAUCGGUCAGUUUCAGAUCCCACAAUUUUACUGUGCCAAUGCAAUUGUCACGUGGCUGAAGACCAACAGUUUCAGUGGGUUGAAAAGGUUUUUGGAUGCCUACAGAAGAUUGAUUUGCAAGUACUGGUUCUUUCAGCAUGUCCUGUAACAGAUUAUAAAACCACUGAAUCCACUCUAACUCUCCCUUCACCUUUCCUGAAAGCAUUGAAAACAAGAGAGUUUAAAGACAAAGUUUAUUGCUCCCUUCUAGAACAGCCAAAUAUUGUACGGGAUCUCCCGGCAGCAGUUCUCAGUUACUCUCAGGUGUGGCAAAUCCCUGCAAUAUUUUAUCAAUGUUACACUGAUAUACUCCAACUGGACUUAGUAACUAUUGAAACCUUCAAACCUGUCUUAUCAUCCAAAAUUCUAAAAAGUUUAGUGGAG